GAGGUGGUUUUGGCUAGCUGCUUCCUGCCCCUCCCUCACCAGCAGGUGCAAAUGAGCUAGGCAGAGAAGGGUAAAAUUUCACAGCAACCACCUGGAGAUCCCGCCCAUCAUUACAGAGAUGAGGGGGCAGGGAGCAAGUGCACUCAUCUCAUCCACUGGGACUGCUUCUGCACCUGAAUACGGAUCUCAGCAAGAGAGAAAGAGACAGAGAGCUGUUUUGUUCCAGGAAGGAGCCUGUUUUUUUCUGUUCCAAAAAUGAUCUACGAUUUGCUCUGUUCAGACUGAACGUUGUCUAUCUAUCCUCUGGAGCACAAGAAGAGAGCUGAAAGCAGAGAGCUGAGAUGGCAGGCCAGCCGAUGGAGCUAGUAGCCCUAGUGCUGUCUCUGUUGGGCUUAAUAGGUGUCUCGGCCAGCACAGGGAUGCCCAUGUGGCGCGUGACGGCAUUUAUUGGCGAGAACAUUAUUGUGAUGGAGACGCGCUACGAGGGCCUGUGGAUGAACUGUUACCGACAGGCCAACAUACGCAUGCAGUGCAAAGUUUAUGAUUCGCUCCUGGCCCUCACACCUGAUCUCCAGGCUGCCCGAGGCCUCAUGUGCUGCUCAGUGGCUCUGGCUGGCAUUGGCCUGUUGGUGGCCAUCACAGGGAUGAAAUGCACUGCAUGUAUACAAGGAAACGACCGUGCUAAACGUAUGGUUCUUAUUGUGGCUGGUUCGUUCAUUAUCUUUGCCUGCAUCUGCUGCAUCAUUCCUGUCUCCUGGACCGGUAAUGUGAUCAUACGAGAUUUCUAUAACCCCCUCCUGCUCGAUGCCCAGAGAAGAGAGCUUGGCGAGGCACUCUACAUUGGGUGGGUUUCUGCGGCACUGCUUUUCGUCGGCGGAUGCAUCUUUGCAUUUUGCAGUGGGUCUAGUGAGAAACGAGCUGAGCAGACUCGCUUCGCUUACAACAGGGAUGUGCCGUAUGUGGCGUACCAACCUCAACCCCAACCACUGGCAUAUCAGCCCCGAUCUGCAGCCGCCUACAGUUUUGCCUCCAGAGAGCCUUCUAUUAUCCAGACAUCUACUCAGACUUCCAGACAGCAGAGCUUCACCCAGCCAUCUAGGCAGCAGAGCUUUAUCCAGUCGUCUAGGCAGCAGAGCUUCAUCCAGCCGUACAGUCAGCAGAGCUUCAUCCAACCGUCCAGUCAGCAGAACUUUAUCCAGCCAUCCAAACAGCUGUCAGGUCGUAGUGCUGUUGCCUAUCUGUGAAAUUGACCGGAUAAACACGAACUAACAAGAAAAUGGGGGAUCAGGGGAUGUGGUAACCAGAUCCAGUCAAUAUGUGAAUGUAUAUCCUUGUUUACUGCAGCAUACCUGGACUAACCUUUCACAGCUUUCUGUGUAAAUCUUAUGUAUGUCAAAGUCUGCAUGCUUCAGUUGAGUUAUAGAUUGUAUUUUCUUUAAGCAUGUGACCUCCUGAGAUUUGUUUUUUGUUGUUUUGUGUGUGUGUUUUUUAAUUAACAUUGUGUUAGCGCUUUAGAAUUAUUUUGUGGAGAAACAAAGGAUGCUCUUUCUUUUAUUCAUGUGUUUAGGGAUGUGUAUAGGGAAGUACACGUCACUUGCAUGCAAUAAUGUUUACUAAACUCUUUGUCGCUUUGUGUGCUCCAGCGUCUUGGUGAUCUGUGUGCCCUGAGGCUCCUGUGUGAAAUGUAAGCCAAUGAGCAUACGUUGUCUCAAAUUAUUUAACCAGACACACCCUUUACAUCCACAGAAACCUUACAACUGAAGCAGAACAAGGACAACAAACAUCUACUAUACCUUUACCUUCGCCUGGUAUUGUACUUGUGCACAUUUCUCUUUGACCAGAGAACAGGUUUAAAGUCGAAACAUGAUAACAAAAGAAGGAACAUCACAUGCAGAUAGAGAUUUUUUUUUUUUUAGCCCUAAGCGAUCUUAUCUAUCCAUUUAUUCGUAAAUAUAUCUGAUCUGUCUUUGUGUUGUCUAAUUAUGUGCUUAUAUAUUUCCACUGUAUUAUUUUGGUGAGAUUCACCAAAUAUGCAAGAAAACAGAUGAUAUUUGGAUGUGAGCCAUGUCAAGGUAUCACAUUUAACCUUCACAUUGCUUUUGGGGUCCUGGAGACCACUGUUAUUUUUUUUCCAAAAAUGUUGUUUUAUCUGGUGAAAAGUGUAUAAAUAUAUUUUAGACCAA